CUAAAAAAUACGACGCUAUCUUUCAUUCGAACAAAUAUAUUGAAYAUAUUGAACAAUCAUCUGUUCUGUAUAGAACGACCAUGUCGUCUAUAAUGGUGCGAUCUAGCACCACCGAUAUCACGGAAACGGGYCAUGAUCGAUACACCAUUGCUGAAACUAUGGACGACAGUUUUGAUGAUGACGAUGAYGAAUACGAAAGUCAAUACAACUCUUCCCGUCACGAAAGAACUAUAAUCUCCGAGUCGACUUACUCUGGUACCUACGGMACCACUUCUUACAUGAGUGAGAUGUCAGAAGUGCUCGAUGAAGAUGCUUCUUUCAUAGAUGACGAUGACGACUAUUUGUCGUUAGGAUCAGAAGCAAUGGUUGGUGAUGGAUGGGUUGAUACAGCCUGUGGUUGCCUAGAUCGUCCAGUCUCGACUUACCAAAAUAUGUGUUCUAGGAAGCAGACUUCUUUGCUUCGUCAUAGCAGAGGCAAACCACGGCCCAAUUUCAACCAAAGAUCAGCGGUGAUACCUACUUCCAAACUGACCAUGUCGGCCAAAAAGCGUCGAAAUUUUCGUCUGAAAGAUCGAAGCGUGUGUGAACAUGGCGAGAGAGRUAUCGAGGACGUCGAAGACAGCGACAUUAAGACCGACGCCSGAAGAAGUGACGAAAUCAAAAUGAUGCGGAUUCAACCAAGAGAAUCUUACCAACUGGAGGAUGAUUUUGACGUCAGGAAGGUUCGAGACACCGAAAAAACGAGAAACAAGAAUUCUUCGAAGUCAAUGAAAGUAAAAAGAGAAGAAGCUGCAGUAAGUCACAAUGAUGAAGACGAACCCAACGUGAAACAGGAGGAUCGUCCCGAAAAAGCUAGUGAGAAGAAAAUGGUUCCUGCGACAGAGAGCAAAACCGAAGAUGAUCCAGUUAUCAAAAAUAUUGAAGCUCCUCCACCCAUGGAAAGAGGAAUCGAAGCAGAMGGCAUAGAGAUCAGUGCUCAGAUGUCGGGCAUUUCUACUAGAGACCGAAGCGUGAAACGUGAUCCUCCCACUGAAUCAGAGGCAGUAGCCACUCGUGAAGRCCAACCCGCCGAUKACUAUCCCGAGAACUAUUCCAACCUAGAAGCACCUGCAUCGCAAGUCGAGGGAGAAGAACGUUCGAAGGACGAAGWUGCAUCCGAGGAAGAUGUUACACUACCUUCACCACCUUCUUUUGGUGAUAAAAWKACAAGCGGACUUGAGACAAAUAGGAACGRUAACGUAUCGCCAAUUCCAGUCGAGGAGAUAUCCAGAAAUCCUUCAGACAUGGUGGUUUUGUCAUCUACAAGUCAAAAUGAGGACUUUGCGCGCACUCCCUCGAAUGAAAACCAGAAGGAAGUUGGCGAUGGGGCAUCGACGUCGAAUAAUAUCGAAAUAAUUGAUGUUUUGAAUUUGAGUAUAGAUGAUGAAGAUUCUUGGACUCCUGUUGCUCGACAUGAUGUUGAGAAGGGAACRGCAACUGGGAAAAAUUCGAAUGAAUUUUCGCGGCGAUCAAUGAAUAGCAAUCGUGCCUUGCACCCAAUGAAUAGUCCAAGUAUGGAAGAGCGAUGGAUCGAAGAAGAAGCGAAAUUGAUGMAAAAAGUAAAGGCACUUGGAUUGACGAACUCUAGACCYCAAAACCAUACGGUCAUGGAAUCAGCUGAAGAUGUCUGGAAUGAAGAACGGAUGAAAUUGCAWAAGCCUUCCGAUGACAUUUUCGAUGACCCGAAAGCACGAGAGGCUUUCUUGGAUCGUCGGCAGGGACGUUUACGAGAUGCCGUGAUGAUUUCUCGCAAUAAAAUGCUAUCCAAAAAUGGGACCAGUAUYACGGACUCUCUUGAUGGUGUAGGCAAGCAGGUUUUUCCAAGAUCACAGAGCACCGGACGAAACCCUCCACCAUCUCCUGAAAUGCGGACGAAAAUCAUGCAGAGCCGAAGUUCGAGUCGUGACAGGAUUACUAGAAAYAGAUCAAUGGAUCCUGGAAGUGCUUCACUUUUACCAUCUCGAUCGAAAGACCUCGUAGCCGUUCGAAGCAUCGAAGAAGGUCAAAGGAUGCGUUCUUCCAAUCGAGCCUCGAAUAAGCAAAGAACUUUUUCGAACAGUCACGACCCCAUAGUUGUUCACAGCUACGUAGGGGAUACAUUGUCGAGAGGUCCAUACGAUGAAUUGCAAGGUCGAAACCAGCACAGCCGCACAACAGAUCGUCGAAACAGACCAUCAACGCCAUCAAGGUCAAGGUCGACGUCUAUUCGAAGUGAACCAAUUGUUGCUGCUGAUCUAACAAACGUCGAUUAUCCAAUGAAUAGCCACCGAUUCAGCGAUGAACGCGACGACCAAGAGUCACUAACUACUGCAAACCCAAAUUCUAUCGAGAGUAGUCAAACAAAUGUGUUCUCAGCUUCUGAAAAAUUGUUGAAGCUGGAACAGAAAAUCGAAAGGCAACUGCGACAAGUAAGAGGCGGUGUGCAAGAAGACUUGGAACGGUCCAGAGAAAUCAGGAGAAUCGAGUCGAAACUGUCCCAAAAGCUAAAAUCAUUUAGAACUGAUGRCGCGGACUUGCAGACUUUGUCGUCAAGAGAUAUCAAAAGACUCGAGAAGCAGCUGGCUCAAAAGUUGAGUGGCGACAACGAAAAACGAGCGUCGAGACUCAAGAAGAUCAAACGCAGAGGUGUCUCUUCGGCACGAUCGCAUGCACAUUCGUCGGGCAUGCUCACUGACGACSAACAACAACUUUCUCUAGCAUCUUCCGCUGGACGAGAUCGUGCUGGUUCAGCGGAAGUUGUGACGACUCCAUCAGGGAAAUCCUUAUCGCGAAGGAGUMGUAGGAGUCAAGAAAGUCGGUCGGAGAAGUCGAAGUACCAGACUCUUCAAGGCUUGCGAUCACGAUACGUUCGCCGUGGAUAUUCACGAAUGCCGGAGACUGAUUAAUUCACGCUGGUGGUGAACGUUUCACUCUCAUAUAUGUGACCUCCCCGUGAAUAUACCAUUUCACAAGGUAUUAGUAGUGUUUGCACCAAAUCAAGUUCGCGGGAAGGAAGUCUAAAUUCAGGUUACCACAGCAUGAAGCUUCGGAUUUCGUGCUCUAUAUAAAGGUGAUGCAUAACA